AGCCUUUUCAGGUAUCAUGCCGGGUUUCUGGGCCCGACAGGGCGCCCACGUUUGCUGGGCCGCGCGAUGAAGCGUCCCGCCGAGGAGCAGAUUAGCAAGGAGUGCCCAGAAGGCGGUGCCUGCCACGAGGAGCCGCCCGGCGGCCCUGCGGCAGCCGCGGCAGUGCCGGCCGAGGGACCUUCUGGCUCCGCGGCAGAUGGCAGCGAGGCGCGCGUACCUGGCGAAGCAUGCGCGCCCUGCGAGGCGUCAGCCGCCGAGGUGCAGACCAUAACCACCUCAGCAGAUUUCUGGCGCUGCCAGAUAGAGGCGGUGUACCAGCGCAGGAAUCCACACAAGCUGCCAGGCGUGCCAGGGUUAUUGGACAGGCACAAGGGCAAGGAGGCCAUCCUCUACGCGAAGGUAUGCAAAACGUAUGACUUGGACCCGACGAAGUUCUACGCAGAUCCCAAGGCUUGGGAGAGUUACGAGAACGACGUACAGGACGGCGAGGAGGCCGGCCGCGCGCCGGCGGAGGUGCCGAGCCUCUUCGCGCACGGGCCGCCGCUGUUCCCGCCGGGGGGCACGCCGGGCGCUGGGCUGGCGGAGGCCUCUGCGCACGCGGACGGUGACAAGAAGGACGGGGGCGCGGUGGCUGCCGACUGCAAGACGCAGUGAACGGCGCGCGGCCCAGCCGGCAGGCGCUGGGGAGCCCGGGCGCCGUGCCCCGCCUGCGUGCCCCAGGCGCAA